ACGCAGACAACGUGCUACGGUACGUCAUUUACGUAGACAGCGUGCUAUGGUACGUCACUUACACAGACAACGUGCUCUCGUCAUCAUGCCCGCCCAUGGGCUGUUUUAUGCUUACUAAGUGAUGGGCUGGAGGCAGCUGUGAAAGCAAGCCCAGGGGAGGAUGUAUCCUGUGGGCUACCACCUUCAGUCAUCAAGGGAAUAGAGUAUCCCCAGCCAUUGCUGAGGACCAAAGAAACAUUAACUAUUUUUUUUUCUGGCGUUCCCUGAUCACAAACCCAGCCUUUGUUCUUAGGGGAGAACGAAGGUGAUUUUUACAUUUUAGUUAUUCAGUGGAGUCUAACCCAUCAAUGUGCGCUAUUCUGUAGGACCUGAUGUCUCAACGUAUUUGAAAAAUGGAACAGGUGCAAUUUCCAGGAUAAGGGGGACUCAACGGAAGACAGAAGCUUGUAUUUAGAAACAUCCUUUUUAAUACCUCAGUUGAUCAUCAGCAUGUAGACCCUCUGAUAAAACCCAAUUGGUUUUUUUCAUUCUUUUGUUUUACUGUUUUGAGACCUUAAAGUAUUUUUUAAGUGAAAUUAUCUCUCACCAAUGAAAGACAAUUAAAACGAGUUGUUUCGGCUUUUUGAUAUAGGUGGUCACCAUGUAGACCAGGCUGGCCUCAAACUUGAGAGGUCUGCCUGCCUCUUGGAUCUUAGCAUUAAAGGUGUGCACCACCACACCUGGCUUUCCUACUGUCUUCUGGUUUUUAAGUGUUGUCUUUAUGCUUCUGACUUUCUGUCAGCAAUGCAGUAAACCCAGUCCUCUGUCAUUGAUGUGCAAGCUCUUUGUGGCGUGCCCUGAGACACACCUAGUUCACUUAAGACCAGCAUUUAGAGAGGAAACAAUAUUUUAUAAAGCAAUACUUCAAGUGCAUACCAAAGAAAAAAAAAACCCGCUCGGGCACUCAGAAGCUAAUGACUGUCAACCAACGAAUCAUUUACCCAUCUUCCCCCUAUUCAUACUUUUUUGGUCCCUUUCUAGAGUAUUAGAAAGGAAAUUGAGAGGAAAUGCCGCUUCAGUAGAUCAUCUUUUAUGUAAACGAGCUGGUCGUUGUCACCAGUACUAAGCUUUGAAAUGAUUCUUUUUCUUUUAAGCUUGAUUCUCUCCACCCCCACCUCCUUUUUUUUUUUUUAAACUUUCUUCUGGGCAGGUGUGAUUUUCAAUGUUGAGUUUUGCUUUUGACUUCUCAGUAUAUUUGAGCAGGAUGAGUUUGGGCAAGAAUCUUGUCUUUAAAAUACCAAACAGCUAAGUAUGAUCAUUUUAAAACAAAUCCCCCCCCACACACACACACACACCAAAAAAGGACUAGCAGUAACAUGGUAUUUUUUACCUAGGAAGAUAUAUCCUGAAGGGGAGUGGGGGGGGAGAACUAUAAGAAACCAGCACAGACAUGUGACACGAUCUGGUUUUGGGUGGAUGUGGUUCACCGGAGAGCCACGUGGGUGUGGCAAGUAGAGGGUUGAGAGAAAUGGCUCCGAGCCUGAACAGAACGCAGCAGGCUUCACUAGCAAAGGAAACCAAACUUCCCAGGGAGUCACCCAGUGCACGUGCCCAUCCCAGCUUCUGGGGAAUGUGAGCUUGAGUUCAAUCCCAAGAUGCCCCGGGGCAUGUCUUCAGUGGCCCAGUCUAAGUACAGCAGCAACCAACAAGGCCAUCUGAUGUCCACUUCAGACAACAGACCCCUUUUUGUCCCCUGAAAAAGCAGGUCAAAAGCCCGGGCGAAGCGUUUACGCGGAUGACCGCCUGCUGUUACAAGGACUUGAGAAACAGUGAGAGUGACUCAAGCUCAGAGGAGGAGCGGAGGAUCACUACCCGGGUCACACGAAGGCGUGUGAUUAUAAAGGGGGAGGAAGCCAAAAACAUCCCCGGUGAAUCUGUCACAGAAGAGCAAUUUACUGAUGAAGAAGGCAACCUCAUCACGAGAAAAAUCACUCGGAAAGUAAUAAGACGGAUUGGUCCACAAGAGAGGAAGCUGGAUGACGUGGUAAUGUAGACCGGUUGCCAGGGAGAAAGUAGAGGGUAGAAUUUCCUGUGAUUUUUUUUCCCCUGAGAAGCCCUGCUCAGGGAGCAGCUGCUGGGGCGUGGAAGCUUCUGGUCUUGGCUUGGCUUCUUCUAAUAGGCAUUGUGUGGGGGUCCAGCCACUAUUCUUCAUAGCACACCUGAAUGUUACACACUUGCUAUUGUCAGAAUGACCACAGAGAUAAAAGCUUAUUUACUGGAAGGAAAUAAGAGGUAGAAUCCUUGAUCAUUGAUAACCUGCUUGAGAGGGUCUACACAUGGCCUUCAGUUGGAUGCCAGUCUAAGACACCGAGGGAGGACAAUAUUAGGGUGGCAGAGAGUUUGGGUCACAAUCUCCAUAUGAGGUCUACGUGGUUGUCCUGACCAUCAUCACAUCCUGUAGGAAAAUCUCAAUUCCACUGCCAUGUCGUGCUUUGCGCCGCCCCAAGACCAGUGUACUAACAUGGAACCUAACUCAACUCUGAACAUAGUUCAUCCAACAAACCCUUUUCUGCCAUAGAAGGUAUCUUGCUAUUAUUCUUUGCUG